AUGAUAACACGAAUUAAUGAUAUUUUACAAAUAAUAUCAAAAUUAAUUCCUAAAAUAAAUCAAUCAAUAGAUCUUGAACAUUUUUUACCAAUACAACAAAUAAAAUUAACUAAAUUACCAAAUUCACAUACUGUUUUAAUUCUUCAAUCAACUGUUGAAGCAUUUUUUCUUGUGCAUGCUAUUGAUUUCGAUAAUGAAAAUAAUAAGAAAACAAAUCAUGAAACACAUAAAGUUUUAUCACAUUUAGAAUGUUUUGAUCAAGCAGCAGCAACAAUAACAUCAACUGUUCGUGAUGUACUUGAUAAAUCAAUUCUUUUAUGCACAGAUGUUUCACAAACAAUAUCAACGAAUGAAAUAUCAUUAGAUAAACAAUAA